CGCCUGCUGCUCAUCAACAACGCCGGCUCCCUGGGAGAUAUCUCCAAAUCCUUCCUGGACCUCACCGACCCAGAUGAAAUCAACAGCUACUUUGCCUUCAAUGUCACCUCCGCGCUUUGCCUCACCUCCACCGCCCUGCAAGCCUUCGGGAAGCGGCCAGGCUCGAGCAGGACGGUGGUGAACAUCUCCUCGCUCUGUGCUGUGAAGCCCUUCAAGAACUGGGCGCUGUACUGCAGUGGGAAGGCUUCCCGGGACAUGAUGUACCGGGUGCUGGCACUCGAGGAGCCUGAUGUCCGUGUCCUCAACUAUGCCCCAGGUCCCCUGGAUACGGACAUGCAGCUCUUGGCUCGGACUAAGACCGGAGACCCUGAGAUGCGUCAGUAUUUCCAAAGCCUGCAGGAGAGCGGGCAGCUCAUAGACUGCACUGUGUCAGCCCAGAAGCUGGUGAAUCUCCUGGAGGAGGACACCUUCAGCUCCGGUGCCCACGUGGAUUUCUACGACAUCUGA